AUGGUACGUACCCUUGUCAACCUCUGUCUGUACUUGUAUGGGCUCUCGGAGCGCGCGGCGGCGGGCCCCCGCCGUGCGCCUGCUCCGGCGCUGCUGCUGGAGCGGGCGCUCCCGCGGGAGCGCGCCGCAGCGCCCGCCCCGCAGAGCCAGGAGGUGUUGGAGGAGGCGGACGAGCCCGCCGCCCGCGCCGAACCCGCGCCCGCGCCCCUCCUGGGGCGCGCGGCCGCCGCGGGGCUGGCGGCCGCCGCGGGGGGCGCCUGCCUCGCGCUUGCGCUCGUGGCGCGGCGCGCCCCCGGGAGCCCGUCGGCGCCCUGCGCCGCGCAGCAGCGCGCCGCACCGAGCCCGCCGCGGAGCCCGCCCGCGGCCGCGGUGAGCCAGCGGCGGCCGCGGCCGCGGCGGGCCCGCUCGCCCGAGCGGCGGGGCUCCGAGCGCGCGGAGCUCGACGGCGCCUGGCCCGCCCCCAGGCCGCGGGCGGCUGAGGGUGCCCGCGGGCUGGAAGACGGCUCGCCGAGCUCGGCUGCGGGCAGCUCGCAGCACUCCCUGCAGGACAGCGUCGCGGGCGCGGGCUCGGGGAGCUCCGCCGGCGCGGGCGGUGGGCGCGGCAGUGCGCCGGCGGCGGCAGCCGCCGCGGGAGCGGCGGCCCCCCCGCCAGACCCGAGGGUUCUGUGCGAGGAGCUGGUCGUGCCCGAGGGGUGGGAAGUCGUGUUUGUUAUGCCUGAGGUCGUUACGGCGCAGCGCCAGAGGACGUCGUUCGACGUCCUCAGCCUCCAGGGCGAGCCGAUUAGCCGGGUCUUUGUCGACGAGCAGCAGCCCGGCGUUGACUGCUGCAUGCGUGUGGAGCAGACGGACGGCAGGCCGAUGGGCGUGGUGCGCACGGACGCGGUCCACGGGCGUCUGGGAGGCAUGCCGCAGAUUUGCCGGCCAGACGGAUCCGUGUUCGGCACGCUGUCGCGAGAGGACUCCGCGCGCUCCAGCCGGUACGCCCUUCGCGGGGAGGGCGGCCAGCUGCUGCUCGUCUUCAAGGGCGACUUCCGCAGCAGGAGGGCCCGCGUGCUGAGUCCCGAGAGCGGGCAGAGCGUCUGUGUCGUCGAGAAGGUCGGGGGGCCUCUGUAGUCGUCGUCGUGGUCUUCGUCGUCGUGGUCGUCGUCGUCGUCGUCGUGGUCGUCGUCGUCGGUCGUCGUCGUCGGUCGUCGGUCGUCGGUCGUCGGUCGUCGUCGUCGGUCGUCGUCGUCGUGUCUCCCGGGAUCCGCGAGUGCGCGGCCGCCCUAGGCCUGCGGCGUUUGCUGGCAGCCCCAGGCGGCGUGGUCGGCUCUUCGCCCCCCUACGGAGGGGCCCGGCCCAGGCCCGGGCGCGGCCCCGCGGGCAUCGAGAGCGUAGAUGGCGAGGAGUCCACGCCGCGGGAGACGCGGCUUACAGUCAACCCGCAUAGUAAGCAAGGGCGCCCUCGAGGGCGCGAAGUUAUUCUCGCUUCGCGCUUCGCGGUUCGGCUCCGAUUCCUCCUCAUCCUCCCUGGGAGGCGGCGCGAGAGCGCGAAGUUAUUCGCACUUCGCACUUUGCGCUUCGCGCAGCGCGAAGCGCGAAGUUGGGAGCCCUUGAGUAAGAAUGGGCGACCAUCCCAAGGGUACCCUUGCAUUCUGGCCCGUUCGGCCCAUCCUCAGCGACUUUCGCUGGCCAGCCUCGUUCGAAGAACGUUCACAGGGGCCUCCAAGGCCCUCGCAUCCUUGCCGCGGAUCCUUGUGGUACGGGUUGACUGUACCAGCCUGAAACAUAUAUGCGCGACGGAAGAAUUGACGGGGCUGGGUUAGAGGAUGCAUCCGAUCCAGAGCAUUCCGGAACGCUCUCAGAGCGUUCUAUAACGCUCCGAUAAGGCUGCGGCGCCCGAGAUAUCCUCCAGAGCCGCCGGAUCUCAGAUAUUCUCGAUUUAUCCUCGCCCCAUUCUAUAUUCGUCCUUCAUUCGUCUUAAAAGGUCGCUACGCCAUCUCGCAUGAGUCCUGUUUCUCUUCGUCGCUUAUUUGGGAGGCCUCCACAAGGCUUGUACCCUUCCUUUCCCCCUCCGCCUCCAGGCCGACACGGGACAGGGCCGCAGUUUGUGUGUGGUUGAUUAUUUUGUCCGAGCUUGACGAACAUACCUUGACCAGCUCUGGACCCCCUCCGCUCGUCGAUUUCGGCCCUCCCUGCUCGCGGGGGGUGAGGGCUGGGAUGGCCAGCAGGGGCUUGCGUCUCUACCGUGGCCUGGGUCAGGGGCUGCGGCCCGCAGGCUGGAGGGUAAUGUUGAGGUUGUCCAGAGGCCGCACGCCCAAAAACAAGUAGCCCAGCGAAGGGCCCAACCAUAUGCAGCUGCGAACAUCGAAGGAUAUGACCUUCUCAUCAUGGGCAGCGCGCCGCGGGAGGGAUGGAGCACGGGGCAACGCGGAUGGG